UGUUGUUGCAUCGCCAUGCAGUAGACAGUCAAAUGGGAAAUCAACUUUUAUUACUGAUACAGAAUAAAUAUAACGGAUUCUUACGGCGGUUUCUUGCUAUAAGAUUUAUACACGUAACUUAAUUUACUUAUGUUUUGUUUUUCUUGUAAAAGUGGACCUUUCGCUGAAGUAAUAUGAGGCCUACAGUGGACGGCCAUUAUUCUUGGAUUCAAGUGAUUUCGUCGUUUAUAUACCAUGUUGUCUUCAUCGGCGUUUCUUUUUCUUUUGGUAUUUUCUAUGUUGAACUCUUGGAUGAAUUUCCAGGCAGCGAAAGCGAGGCCGCUUGGAUCACAAGCAUAAAUUUUGCAUUUUUAAUGUUGCUUGGCCCGCUAUCAGUGCGUGUUUUGGAGAGGAUUCCUGUACAAAUAGUUUCUUUUGUUGGAUCAAUUCUUGGCGGAGCAGGUCUUUAUUUAUCGUCUAAAGCAACUGAUAUUUUGACGUUGUUUGGUACAUUUAGUGUCAUGCAUGGCAUUGGGACACACUUGUGCUAUAUAUCAUCCAUUUGGAUCAUCCGGAGAAAUUUUUAUAUGAAAAAGGACGUUGCAUUAGGGGUAGCAAGCGCAGGAAGUGGUGCAGGAGGCGUAUUAUUUGGAGUGAUGCUUCCUGUAUUGAUACAGUCAAAUGGAUGGCGUAUGUCAAUGCAAGUUCUUAGUUACAUUAGUUUUGCAACAGUUAUUCUUUCUCUUUCGAUGAUUCCUGCAGAAAAAGAAAGCCAAGUUAACACAGUAAGAACUGUAGAGUCUGGUCAGUCUUGUGAAAGCGCUAACAGACCAAAUUUGAAUAAAACGCCCAGUCCUUUAAAAAAUCCCGCUUUUCUAGUGCUCAGCGUUUCUAUUAUGAUUAACACGUUCGUCAGCAAUAUACCUUACUGUCAUAUUGUAAACUAUGCUGUACAGCGUGGUGUAAAUCGACGUAAAGGAGAUUAUCUUCCACUUUUUAUUUCUGCUGGUUCUCUUGUUGGCCGUUUUGGCCUCGGAAGACUGGUUGGCUUUUUUGGUUUAACGCGUCUUCGACUGGGACAACUGGUAUUUCUCUUCCAGUCUCUGGUAACAACGUUUCUUACUUUAGCAAAUACUGCACCAAGUUUGGUUGCAAUUUCUGUGCUAUUUGGAAUUUUCGAUGGAGCCUUUUGUUGUCUAAUAUUAAUAGUCAGUGAUGAUGUUUUUGAAGAUAACAAAAAAGCAUUGUAUGCAAUGGGACAUCUUUUUUGGAUGCUAGCUUUCCCGUAUGCUUUUGGAGCACCGAUUUCAGCUAUACUAUACAAUGAAACUGGAAGUUACAAUGUCCCAUUUUUCAUUUGUGGUGGAGUUCUAUUUAUUGCUUCGUUACUUGUGUCGUUGGUAGAGUAUAUUCUGGAGUCACAAAAUACGAAAAUGACACAUAAUGUACAAGAAAAGAAGAUGCUUUUUGCCAAUCAUUAAUAAUGUUGCUGCCACAGAAGUUAUUAGUCGUAACGCACAUAUCAGUUCUAUGUCAUGCACCUUGAUAAAUUCAAUUAGAGAAAAGUGUGCUUGCAAUGAUAGAAGCUCGAUUAUUUAACAGUUCUGUUUUCUACGGUCUUCGGAACUUGGGUCUUCUAGUAAACCUCUUUGAUUGUCUACGGUCGAAUUAAAAAUGAAAUUAUUUGUCAUGUCCAAGGAGUUUCAAAACCAAAGGCUUCGCAAAAUAUAAACUUUAUAAAUUUGAAAAAUAUAAAUAAUUUUUAAAACAUGCCAUAACUAAAUAUAUUUUUUUAAAAAAGCUACUGAAUGUAUAAUACAACAAUCAUGUACUGCAGUGUAUAAACUUUAUGAUAUCAAACGAGUGAAUCAAUAAAAAUCGUUAAAAAAUCAUUCUCAUCAUUAAGAAAA